CAAUUUUCGUGGAUCUCCAGAUUCUUAUAAUUUUGGAUAAAAAUAAAGAAAAUAAACGAUAAUGAUAUAAUUUGUGAUAAAGAAAAUGUAAAUUAGUGUUGAUUUUAAAUAAGAUAUAUGUUACACAUUCCGGAAAGUCAUUGAUAAAUAUUUUAAUGAGUUUAAUUCAUCAACUUAAUGAAACGGUGUGUCGGAUAUUGUGUAAUAAAGUUGCGGCUGUGAUCUUUAAUCAAAAGUUACGUUUAUAAUUAUAAUACAAUAAGAAAUUUAUAUACUUGUAUAUUAUUUAUUUGACACCAAUGUUAAUGAAGAAUUACAAUGGAUGCUACCAAAGCAACAGUUAAUCCAAAUCCACGUGAAAAAGCAAACAUUUUUUCAGUUUUAUUUUGGACAUGGACAUUAAAACUAUUCAGAACUGGAUAUUCGAAGAUUUUAAGUCCCGAUGAUCUGUUCGAUCCGCUCAAGAACGAUCGAUCGAGUGUUCUUGGAGAUCGAUUAGAAAAACAAUGGAAUUCCGAAUUAGAAAGUGCAAAGAAAUCCAAACGCCGUCCGAAUUUUUUGAAAACUAUUUUUCGAUGUUUUUCAAAGGAGUAUUUUAUGUACGGAAUAUUGCAUACCUUCAAUGAAUUUAUUCUUCGUCUAGGAACCCCACUACUUUUAGGAAGACUCUUACGUUACUUUAGAGAAACUGGAGGGGUUGAAUACAAUGACGCAUUGAUGUAUGCUGGUGGAAUUUGUCUAGCUAUUGGAAUUAAUGCUGUUACCUUAAAUCAAUCAAUUUUCGGAGCAUUUCAUCUUGGUGGUAAAAUACGUAUUGCCGUGUGUUCAGUUGUUUAUCGUAAGGCAUUGCGCUUAAGUACAACAGCACUAGGCGAAACAGCACCAGGAAAAAUAGUUAAUUUAGUAGCGAAUGAUGUAAAUCGAUUCGAUCUUGUGUCAGUUUUCCUUCAUCACAUGUGGUCCGCACCACUCACGACACUAAUAAUCGGUUAUUUUCUAUAUACCGAAGCUGGGUACGCCGGUAUAUUAGGUAUUGGCGCAGUAUUUAUUGUCGUGCCAAUUCAGUCAUAUACCGGUAAAUUAUCAUCAAAGUUUCGUUUACAAACGGCGAUUAAAACUGACGAACGUGUGCGUUUAAUGGACGAAAUAAUAUCCGGUGUACAGGUUAUCAAAAUGUACGCAUGGGAAAAACCAUUUUGUGCAAUGAUAGCAUUGGCGCGCAAACUAGAACUAAAAGUUGUACAGAAAAAUUCAUGGAUACGCGGUAUUUUUAUGACAUUUAAUUUAUUUACGACUCGUGUUGCUAUUUAUUGUACACUUGUCGGUAUGUUAUUUUUUGGCCAACAAUUAGCGGCUGAAAAAGCAUUCGUAUUUUCAUCAUUGUUCAAUAUCCUGUCGCAUACAAUGUCAGCGAUGUUUGUUCGAGGCAUUGCCGAAAUAGCCGAAUGUGUUGUAGCUGUACGUAGAUUACAAUAUUUUCUAAUGUACGAUGAAGUUGAAAAUGUCAAUCGGACUGUUUACGCAGGAAGAUUAUCAGUAGAUAAUGUUAAUAUUAAGAUUAGUAAUAAAUUAUCAUCAUCGACAAAGUCUGACUUACCUUACAUUGAUGAUGAAAGCAAUGAUCUGUCUUAUGAUUCAGAUCUUAAUGAUACUAAAUCGUUGAAAAAUAAUGGACCAGCCAGCGUUGCACUAGACGUUGCUAAAAAUAUAGCAUCACUUACAGCAAGUCAUCAUUACAACAAUAGUAAAAUAAGUUCAUGGGCCGUUAAGCUCACAAAUGUAACAACUAAAUGGGAAAUAAGUAGCCAAGAAAAUACAUUGCAAGACGUUAAUUUCAAAUUAGAACGUGGCAAACUUUAUGCAAUCAUUGGGUCAGUAGGCUCGGGUAAAAGUUCAUUGAUAUCAGCAAUACUGGGCGAAUUACCACUGAUCCAAGGAAACGUUGAAUUGAAAGGGGGGUUAAGUUACGCGGCUCAAGAAGCCUGGGUAUUUGGUUCGUCUGUACGUCAGAAUAUUAUUUUUGGACAACCUUAUGACCGGCAGCGUUAUCAAAAAGUCGUGAAGGCUUGUGCGUUACUGAGUGAUUUCAAACAAUUUCCACAAGGUGACCAGACGAUCGUUGGUGAACGUGGUAGCUCAUUGUCAGGAGGGCAGAAAGCGCGAAUAAAUUUAGCCCGCGCUGUGUAUCGGCAUGUAGAUAUUUAUAUUCUUGACGAUCCAUUGAGUGCAGUGGAUACCCACGUGGGCAAACAUUUAUUCGAAGAGUGUAUUCAGUAUUACUUAGCUGGUAAAACGCGUAUAUUAGCAACUCAUCAGUUACAAUAUAUAAAGAGCGUUGACGGUAUUCUACUAAUGGAACACGGAACCGUCCGUAUGUUUGGUAAUUACGUUGAUUUGUUAGCAGCAUGUCCGGAGUACGGAACCCUACUGGCAUCUGACACUAUGAGUGAAAAUGAUGAUUCCUUAUCGUCCGCGGAAAAAACAACAAUGCGACGCCAAUGGUCGAGUACAAGUAAUCGCAGUCGGACACCAGAUCCAUCUGGCGGUGACACUGACGUCGAAGAUGAUGACGAAGAAAACGCUGUUAUGAGUAAUAUUGAAGGUACAUCCCGCGGUGUUAUCAAAGGCUCGAUAUUUGUUAAAUAUUUUACAUCAGGCACUAAUUUAUGUUUUAUAAUAAUUGUUGGUAUAUUAUUUAUAUUAACGCAAUUCGUUGCUAGUCUUAAUGAUUAUUUUGUACCGAUACUUGUUAACGAGGAAGAAAAACGUUAUGCUGCUAAUUUUGCUGGACAUAAAAACAAUAUUAGUGAUAAAAGUAAUGCGACAUUUGAUUAUAGUUAUGAUAUAACUCCAGCUUAUCCUUAUAUUUAUAUUUAUACAGGUCUUGUAUUAUCAGUAUUUGCAAUCGGUAUAACAAGAUCACUGUUAUUUUACAUAUUAUGCGUUAGAGCGAGUCAAAAAUUACACGAUCGUUCAUUUGAAGCCUUGAUUAGAACGAGUAUGCGUUUUUUUGACACUAAUCCAAGUGGUAGAAUAUUGAAUCGUUUUUCAAAAGAUAUGGGUGCUAUCGAUGAAUUAUUACCGAAAGCGUUACUUGAUGCCGGGCAAAUCAUAAUGAUGAUGGUUGGGUCAUUAGUGAUAAUAUGUGUCGUUGAUCCGAUCUUUUUAGUGCCGCUUAUUAUUAUUGCAUUUAUAUUUUAUUGGAUAAGAAAAGUUUAUUUGAAAACAAGUAAAAAUGUAAAGCGCCUUGAAGGUAUGAUGAGAUCUCCAGUAUUCACACAUUUGAAUGCAACACUCAAUGGUUUAUCAACAAUACGCGCUUAUGGCGCCCAAAGUAUAUUGAAAGCUGAGUUUGAUAAUUUUCAAGACUCACACAGUUCUUCUUGGUACAUGUUCAUUGCAACAAGUACAGCAUUUGGGUUUUCACUAGAUGUAUUUUGUUUCAUAUUUACGGCAAUCGUUACUUUUAGUUUUGUCUUAGUUGACACCGGCAUAUCUGGCGCUGAAGUCGGCUUGGCAAUAACGACAGUCAUGUCGAUGACCGGGAUGAUACAAUGGGGAAUGCGUCAGAGUGCUGAAGUUACUAAUCAGUUGAUGUCGGUUGAACGUGUACUUGAAUAUACACUAUUGCCCCCAGAAGACAACGUCUUUGAUGAUAAACAAAUGACGAAAAAGUUGAAGCCAAAGAAGAAGAAAGGAGUUAAUGGUAAAGAAGAAAUGAAAAGUGUGAGCCAUCCGCCGGCGUCUUGGCCCCCUGAGGGAUGCAUUAAAUUUCAUCAUGUUUACAUGCGUUAUGCAGAAGAAGAUCCACCGGUUCUCAAGGAUUUGAAUAUCGUCAUCAGAGCUAAAGAAAAAGUGGGCGUCGUUGGUAGAACAGGUGCUGGUAAAUCGUCACUUAUUUCAGCGCUGUUUAGAUUGGCUAGAGUUGAAGGUGUAGUUGAAAUUGAUGGCAUUGACACAGGUUCUAUUUACCUUGAAGAUUUACGUCGUAUUAUAUCAAUAAUACCACAAGAUCCGGUGCUAUUUUCUGGAACAUUGCGUAAAAAUUUAGAUCCAUUUGGCGAAUAUACAGAUGACGCAUUAUGGUCGGCAUUGGAAGAAGUCGAGUUGAAGGAUUCCUUUGCGAUGGUCAAUGGAUUAGACUCACGUGUUUUUGAUCGCGGCACUAAUUUUAGUGCUGGUCAACGACAAUUAGUUUGUCUAGCACGUGCUAUUUUACGUAACAAUAAAAUUCUUAUGCUGGAUGAAGCUACGGCGAAUGUUGAUCCGCAUACUGAUGGUCUUAUUCAACGUACGAUUAGAACUAAAUUUGCCGAAUGCACUGUAUUGACAGUCGCACAUCGGCUCAAUACUAUUAUGGACAGUGAUAAAGUUUUGGUUAUGGAAAAAGGACGCAUGGUUGAAUUUGAUCAUCCAUACGUCCUAUUGAAAAACGACCACGGUCAUUUUACGUCAUUGGUUAAACAAACAGGACGUGCGAUGACUGAUCAGUUGACACGUGUUGCGAAACAAGCGUACAAUAAUAAACUUAAAAGAUGAUUAUAAUAUAUUUUGUUUUAAUAAUUAGGUAUUAUUUUUAUUUAUAUUAUUUAUUUCAAUGUACAUUUUUUUAGGUGCAAUGAAUGACCCCGUGUUAUGAAUGAUUUUAAGCGUAAAAUUAAAAGUGUUUGAAAAUGAAAAAAAAAAAAAAAUAUUAUAUAAACGACUAAUAUUAAGUAUUUAAUCAAAAUGUUUUAACGGCGCCAAAAUAUACAAUUAAUUUUUUUUAUAAGGAUUUACAAAUAUAUAUGAACUAUACUUAUUAGAUUAUUUCUCAAUUGGAAAAUUAUAAAAAUAUCUUUUUUGAAAAAGUCUAAUUAAUGAGUUAUGGUAAAAAUUACUAUUUUGAUUGUUUGUUAUAAAUUUAACUGAGGAAUUAUUUUUGAACUUUUACACAUGGAAGUAGCAUUUUUAAUGAAGUUUUAUGCAAACCCGAUGAAAAAAGAUUUUAUACAAUUGUAUAGAAUUAUAUAUCAAUUAUAUAUGGGCUAUAUAUAAUUAUAUAUAGACUAUAUAUAAUUGGAUAGAAAAAAU